CACAAGAUCAGCAACCUAAGUUACUCAACAUGCAGAUCAAUUUACUCGCAUCGGUUGGGCUUUUCCUCUUUGCUGCACUUGGAGCCAUAGCCAGCCCUAUUCAGGCCGAUUCUCCCGGAUCAUUUGAGCUAGGUGCAAGAGACGGUGAUAACAGUCUCCUUAGCUAUCCUGGGAAAUGUACCAAAGACAAGAAUGAAUGUAGAUAUGAAACGCAAAGUGGCCUGUUUGCGUUGGUCAAAUGCCCUGAGUUUGCUAAUAGAAGGUGUACCCGCGACGAGCAAGACUGCGAAUGGGAUAGGUAUUUGCCUAUCUCCACGCUGAUUGCGAGCGAGGUAUGGGGAAAAUGGGUUGGAGUUAUACAUUCAGUAUUUGCUUCAAUCAAUUAUCUGCGAUUUAUCCAAAAACUGCUCAUCUAG